AUGAUUGGUGGCCCAACGCAAGAAGUCAUGUCAUCCUCGCCUCCGUCUGAGCCCCGCGAAGAGCUACCCAUGAUUGGAGGGCCAACUCAAGACCUGACGUCACCAGUGGCAUCGGCACCAGCUACAGUGCGGAAGCCUGUGGUUGUGGUGAAGAAGACUCCUAUAGGAAAGACUAGUACGGGGAAGGACCUCUUUGAUACUAUUGAGUUGAUGAAGGGCCUGAAGCGUGUUGAGGUCAAACAGUCAGAGGGGAGUUGGACUGGAGCAGGAGGCUUGGAGAAGUCUGGUGAUCUGGGGGACUCUGUGUUGGUAACUAGUGAUAAGUGGACCAAGAUCCAGGCAAAAAGGAUUACUGCGCCCAAGGAGCAAAGCACAAUAACUCAAACAAAGGCUCUGACAUUUGGCGAGAAGAAGCUGGCAGCAAUGAAGAAAAACCUUACGGCUGUCCAAUACCGGACUACCCCGCAGCAAGGCAUUGCGUUGGAUCCUCAACUCUCUGGCGAUGAAGAUGGGAAUAAGGGGAAGAAGGGCAAGGGGAAGAAGAAAAAGGCAUCUCCGGCAAAGAAGAAAAAGGCCACAGCCAUAAGCCUGCCCACAGAUGUAGAUGCUCUGGAGCCAGUUGGAAGCUCUGCAGUACCUGUGGAAGAAAAGGCUCCUGCUGCAAAGAAGAAGAAGGCUCCAUGUUUGCCACCGGUACAAGAUGCUCAGGGUCCAGUUGCUGGUGCUGCAGUCACUGGGAAGAAAAAAGCUUCUCUGGCAAAGACAAAGAAGACCACAGGGAAUUGCCCAGCACCAGUUGAGAAGGCUGCGGGGUCUGUUGGUCAACCCGGAGGACCAGGAGGAAAAGAUAUUCCCAAGAAAUCACUGGCCCCUCAACCAGACUUGCCCGGUUCAGCUGAUCUUGCCUCAAAGGACACUGCUCAAGUUGGCAAACAUGCAGAGGAGCCUUGCCUGGCAACUGUGAACGAGCGAUUGGACGUUGAUGGUGGUCGGGAUACAUUGGAACGAACUAGGACUGGUGUGGCGGUUGGCGAGUCAGGAGCGCCUGCAAAGACGACGAUCAGCAAAGGGCCACCAGAUGACGUUGGACAAUCAACACAUUUGGCGAGUCAGUUGGCUGUCCCAGCGGUUCCACUCUCUCAACCAGCUUUGGAGAAAUUCACCGGGGUCGGCCUGGACAACUCAACACAAGAUGGCCUUGACACGGUUGGUUGGUCUGCCGGGGUGUCAGUUGGAUUGGCUGGCAUGGUUGGGAAUAAUGCUGCCAUGGUGGACCGGCCAGAUCAGCCUGAACCGUCGAUGGACUUGGAAGACUUUACAGCGACACAGGAUGGACUGAUGAGGAUGCUUUCAGGAUUAGAAACUCUUACUCCUCUGCCUGCCAACCAGUUGCAUGCGCGUGCGGCUCAUGCAGCCUCUGGGGAUGACGUUCAAGAUCAGUUUCCUGACCAAGAUGGGGGCGACCCGUUGGACCCUAGUUGGAGUAAAAGGGUGGAGCAGGCCCUGGCGCGCAAGAGGGCCCAGGAAUAUUGCGCCCUGGCCAAGGCGGAGCAGGAAGAACAAGAGGUGCAAAACCAAAAGGCAUGGCGUAUGAUGGUUGAUAGGUACUUGGGUAUCCGGCCAGUAGGCGAGGAGAGUGGGCCUGGUGUGGAGUUCCUUGUGGGUUCGGUACCUCCCCUCGACAAUGAUCAGAUUCUGGUGCUCCAGGAGGUUCGGUCCUGGGACAAGAUCAACGGAUUGGAAUUGGGCUUCAUGCGGUGGGAAUGGGAAGGUGGAAUGGAUGACGACCUUAUGAGGCCAGUCCCAACGUGGCUCAUCAAAGACGGAGUUGAGGUCAAGUGUUUCAUUGACGAUGCGGCUCAUGAACGGCUGGCUCGAUUUAUGGGAAACCAGCCCUGGGACUUCUACCAGCUCCCAAUCUGCUAUGGAUCGGCUUUUGCCUCUCGGGACGAGUGGGAGAAAGCGGUCAAGAACGACACUCUGCUGCAGCCGGAUUCCCCGAUUCCGGACGAGGACAUUGAGACCACGGCUACGGCAUCACCGGAUACUGCGGUUGCGAACGGUUCCCUAACGCUGAAUGAACUGUACCAGAAGAUUUUCAAUCCAACUAAGGGCCGUGAUGUUCACAGGUUUCGCUACGAGUCAACAGGCCCAGGAACGCCCUGCAGAAGGGAUGAUGGUUUGACUAGUUUGGAAGAUCUCAAGUUGCUGCUUGGUAUUUGGAGCCGGACAAAAUUUGGGCUGAAGAUUGAUCUGAAGAUGCUGAAGGACAAGGGGCUUCAUACUGCCUCACCGAAGCUGUUUGCGGAAAACUUGAAGAGACUGGACGAUAUCUCAACUUAUAUUGAUGAUCUCAAGGCCCAAAUUCGUGAUUGUGAAGCAAACAAGACCACCGCUGUCAAGAAGGUAGUUGAUCUCAAGAGGGCUGAGGUGCUUCAGCCAACCAAGCGGAAACAUGUUGACGUUGAGGUUCAAGAUGUUACGGCCCCGCCCAAAAAGAAGACUAAAGCUGCUCCUGCAGUUGCGGUUCAAACGGCAGAUCCCCCAUUGAAGAAGAAGACGAAAGCUCCCUCUGAAGUGGCCACCCCCAAGGUGGCAGCUGCUGCAAAGAAGAAGACAACAAAGGCUCCCGGUGGUUCGGAACCGAAGAAACUGGCGAGCAAGAAGACAAAUGGACGAGCGGGUGGGUUGGAGUCGGUUACCUCCAACGGGGCUAGCAGUCAGCACGUUCCAGACGAAGUGACAAUUCCUACAGAGUCAAAUGACAUGUUGAUUGACAAGGGCCCUUUGCACGAUGGAUACAUUGCCCCGAGUGGUGCUAUGAGGUCCGGCCCGUCACUGUCAACAAUCGUCUCUAGGUCAUCCGGCAAGCCAACGAGCGGCCCCCCGAAACCCACGCGCCGAAAUCAGAAAAAGCUCAAGGAUAUGAAUGACGAGGAGAAGGCGUUGCACAAGGCAGAGUUGGCUGACAAGAAGAAAAACACACCAACAACUGAAUUCAUGUCUGUGCCAUGUGUUGGAAGUCUGAUGCAGGUCUCCUGGCCUAGGGAGAGGGUGAUGGCCCAACUUGACGCACAUAGAAACAUGGAAAUGAGUGCACGCAACACCAAGUGGGACUAUGGACCGGAAUUGGGGAAGCUGGUGCAUCAAAUGAUCAAAUGGUCUCAGAAGGAUAUGCACGAUCCACGACAUUACACGCGUCCCGAUUUGUUCAAGGUACCCAAGGAGGUCAUUGCGAAGUUGGAUCCAAUCCACCUGAAGGUUUUCCGCAACAACUUGAUCUUUUGUCCUGGACUGGUACAGAUUGAUGCUGAGGAUCCGUUCUGGAAGAAGGAAGUUGUCAAGCUGGACAUGAUUGCCGAUGCAGCCACCGCGUACGAGUCCGACAAGGCGGCCUCUUGGAAAGCCCUGUUCAUGAUGAUGGUCCGGGUUGAUGACGAGCCAACCUACGUUGAAGACAAGGACCUUGCCAACAUCACCAAGGGGGCAAUGAGGAAAAUCCACAACUUGGCCGAAAAAUGUCUCAACCACUUCCACCACUACGUCAAACCAGACGCCCCUCCUGCCCAAGACUCACCCGCUUUUGUUCAAGACUCGCUACUCAGUGCCGGAAAGUUUCUGAUUGGGAAGAUCAAAGCGUUGGACACCGGAGCGAGGACGAACGGUGCGACACUCAAUACUGGCGAUUGUCUGAUGCUCUUGCAGAUGAAGAUUUGGGAGACUCUGCUUGCCUGCUUGAUGAUGCAGCAAUCCAAGUUUUCAGAGACCCUGAAAGACUAUAUCGCUAAGGGGUUGUAUAAGGAGUGGGCACUCACACAAGCGUCAAAGAUGAAUGAAUACGACCGAGGACGAAGUCUUUACCAGGAUGGUGCCUCUGUGGGGGAGAAAACUGCUGCGGCCACCAAGGAGUGGGGCAAGGAACGACUAUCGGCGUUUGGUUCAAUGGCUAUCUUUUUCCUCCAUGGUGCGGCAGGCUGGUGGAUCUCUUUGGUCGAUUCCCACCACUACAACCAGAAGGACGUUUGGACGCUAACACACAUGGCACAUGCUCGGCACGAACACCUCUACAGUCGGGGCCAUCUCUCUCAAAGAAGAAAGGAACACACCCCCUGGUAUAAUGUCGACUCAUUUGUUCGGUGGUUGCUAGUUGAAGGUGGGAUGCUUGCGGAAUGCCCCUCAAAGGUUGAUUGGAAUCUCGCGCCUGUUGUCUGGGCUAAGUACGUCACCGAGGCCAACAUUGCCCGACUGGCCCUCUCAGACAUCUUGGACGAGGUGUUGCUUGAUAUUCCGCGGAAGGUAAUGAACUUCAAGGCUGAAGUGGCACCCCAAGUGAAAUUCAAAACCGAAGAAGAGCAGGCACUUGUCGACAGCUUCAAGUCCCAAUUCAAGGCUCCUUACGCAACCCUUGGAAGCAACUACAGGAAUGCUGUCCGUCUAUUGCCGGCCCCUGUUGAUGAUGGGCACACUGAGCCUUCCCCCUCUGCUUCGACCCUUGUCAAUCUGGAAACCCAACCACGAGCUCUGUCCCGGAUUAACUCAGUCGAUCGUCUUGAAGAGUUGCCACCUUCACGCCUGCUAUCAAGGGUGAAUUCACCUUUCUCCGCCGGACUAGUCACCCCUACUCCGGCCCCCAAGUCCAAGCUUCCCACGGUGCCUCAGUCAGAAGCUGACCUUUCGAACAAUCCCAAGGUUCCGUCCAAGGCCAAGGAUCUGGCACUCCCUGCGCCCUCAGCUGAAGGAGAUGAAGAUGAGGAAGAAGGGUCCGAAGAGGAAGAAGAUGGCUCUGAAGAGGAAGAAGAUGGGUCAGAAAUGGAAGAAGAAUUGAUGAGUGAGGAGGAUCCAAACAGGUCUGAGACUGAUGAGGAAGAGGAGGAAAGAGCUUUGAGAUCCAAGGAAAACCCCUAUGUUGAUGUGUCAGCAAGGGUGCCUCGGAAGAAGAAGUGA